AUGCUGGCGAAACUCCUCGCGACCUCCCUCCUGGCGCUCCAAGGCGCAGCCGCUUUCCUUAUCGUGCCCGAGAUUGACAGCCCUCAUGCCACCAAGCAACAGGCUCCCGACGCCCACAACAAGCUGACCAUAUCCGCCAACUGCGCCAAAUGCCCGUUCCCAGACCGUCUCGAUGCCUCUGAGGUCUCUACCGUGGACAGCUACAUGCUCUUCGACCUCUCGACCGACGCAGGCAGGCUCUACAUCAACAAAAAGGAAGUCUACCCCAAUCCUGACACCUCCGUCGACCUCCAAACCAGCCUUAUUCGCAAAUCAGACGAGCAGUCCAGUCGAAACAUCCCCACCGGCUAUGUCUUCGAAGUCCUCCGAACCCCUGAUUCUCCCAAUGAUCCAGAUGGCCCUGAGCUCCUCUCCAUCUAUUUCACUCCCGUUCAGUUAAACGGUCUCCCAGCGGCAGCUGAUACUCUCUACAUUCCCGUCAUCAAGACUACUAACGGCAACCUUGUCAUCGUCAACUCUCGCAUCGAAGCUACUCCUGCCGCUCAUAUCUCAUCCCAGCGAUGCGGCCGCAAUGCUGAAUGCUGGAAACGCCUUCUCCUGGCUAGACUCACCGCAACCAUCCGCGCUGCUAAGAUCCGCGCCAUCCAGUUCGCUGCCAAACUCAAGUCUGCCUUCAAGGGCUGCCACGGAAAGAACAAGGCAUCUGCCAUUCACGGACAGGGCGACAACGAGCCAUCUGGCCACGGCCCACACAGACACCAGCGUCCCACCUUCUCUCGUGCCUUUGCUCACGCUCUCCGCUUCGUCAUCAUCCCAGCCAUCAUCGGGCUGUGCCUCAGCUUGGUUGUCUGCUCUAUCGGCUCUCUUGUUGGCCACUGCCUCGUUGCUCUCUGGAGAUACACCCGCCGCCAACGCGCCUCUUCCCACCACAACAUUGACUCUACCCAGGAAGACGGAGAAGCCUACGAAAAGGAAGGCCUCAUCGCCCACGAGGACGACCAUGAAGACGACAAGCUCCACGGCCAGAUCAGAUUGCAAUCAGACAAGGCUUAA